AUGCAGAGAACUUAUUUUCUUGUCCUCGGAGCCAUAGUGUUGCAUUUUGUCACAACUAGCUCAGCUAGCUUAAGUAUUGCCAAUAACCAUAACAACAGUGCUAGUGAUCUGAAUGCUCUUCUUGUCUUCAAAGCAGCCAUUUUCGAUCCCCAAAGGAUCAUCCCAACCAACUGGUCCACUUCUACCUCUGUUUGCAACUGGAUUGGUAUCACUUGUAAUGCUCGUCAUCAUAGAGUCGCAGCCAUUGACCUUUCUUACAUGGGAAUUGCGGGAACGAUGCCUCCACAAUUGGGAAAUCUUUCUUUUCUUGUCAGGUUGAAUGUCAUGAAUAACAGCUUUCAUGGACAUCUUCCAACCGAGCUCUCUCGUCUGCGCCGAUUGAAGUACAUCAGCUUGGACGGUAAUGCUUUUGAGGGAGAACUUCCGUCAUGGUUGGGAGGUUUAACUGCACUCCGAUACUUAUCCUUCCGAGAUAAUGGAUUUUCAGGUUCAUUAUCAGGCAGGCUCUCUAAUUUCACAAAGUUAGAGACCAUCAGGUUGGGUUACAACUUUUUUACCGGAAAUCUUUCUGAAGAAUUCAGCGCUCUACCGAAAUUGAAACUUUUGGAAAUUCAAUAUAACCAACUUGCAGGCCCUCUGCCACUGGCUCUGUUUAACCUCUCCUCAUUGCAAGUUAUUGGUUUUACGAGUAAUAGCUUAUCGGGUUACCUUCCAGCACACAUCUGCAAUUAUCUCCCACAACUUCAAGGGCUUCACUUAUCACUUAAUAACUUUGAAGGUGAAAUUCCAUCAGGCAUCGGAGAAUGCUCAAGACUCCAAGUUUUAUCCUUGUCUUCUAACAAAUUCAGAGGGUAUAUACCAAAAGGAGUUUGGAAUCUAACCACGCUUACACAAAUAGCUUUGGGUGGGAACGACCUGACAGGUGAAAUUCCAAAAGCCAUUGACAAUCUCUAUAAUUUGGAGAUACUAGGCAUGGAGAGUGCUAAUGUGACAGGUAUAAUACCUGAAGAGAUUGGUAAUCUUAGCAAGUUGGAACUGCUAAACUUGGAGUUGAAUAGGUUGAGAGGUCCCAUCCCGCUGAAACUUUUCAAUAGUUCAACUGUACGAAUUAUUUCUCUCGCGCAGAAUGAUUUAUCAGGCGAGCUUCCAUCAACUAUAGGUGUUUUCUUACCCAAUCUUGAGGAACUCUACCUUUGGGGAAAUGAAUUUACUGGAACUGUACUAACAUCCAUCUCAAAUGCUUCUAGGCUCAGAAUGCUAGACCUUGCUAUGAACCAUUUUACUGGUGCAAUUCCUUAUUAUCUUGGAAACUUGAGAUUACUGGAACAGUUUGCUAUAUGGCAAAAUAAUUUUUCUGAGGACUCGCUAUCCAAAGAGUUGAGCUUCAUCAUAUCCCUAUCAAACUGCAAACAUUUAAGAAGGUUGUGGAUAGAUGACAAUCCUCUGAAUGGCUUCCUCCCAAAAUCUAUUGGAAAUCUUUCUAGCUCACUCGAAUCCAUUUAUGCCACUAGUUGUGGAAUCAUAAGUGAAAUUCCAAGUUCGAUUGGUAAUUUGAGCAACUUGAUAGGGCUGGACUUUGCCAUCAAUAGUUUGAUAGGAGUAAUUCCAACUACAAUCAAAUGGUUGUUGAAGUUUCAGAUGAUGGAUCUAACUGACAAUCAGAUACAAGGAGUUAUUCCAAAUGAGCUUUGUUUUUUGUUGAACUUAGAAGGAUUAUAUCUGGCAAAAAAUAAGCUUUCUGGUGUGGUGCCUUCUUGUUUAGGAAAUGUUACAGCACUCAGAUAUGUUUAUCUCAAGUCUAACAAUUUAAGUUCUGUGAUACCAACAACCUUUUGGAGCCUUAGAGAUAUUUUGAAGUUGGACAUGUCAGGAAAUUAUUUGACAGGUUCUUUGCCUGCUGAAAUUGGAAACUUGAAGGCAUUAGUCUAUUUGAACCUUUCAAAUAAUCAAUACUUUGGUGGGAUACCUAGCACUAUUGGAGGACUACAAGAUUUGCAAGAACUCUCCUUGGAACAUAACAAACUACAAGGAUUGAUGCCAGAUUCCAUGAAGAAUAUGUUGCAGUUACGGCAUUUGGAUCUAUCUUUUAACAAUCUAGAAGGUGAAAUUCCCAACUCAUUACAUGUACUAUCAGAUCUCCAAUACUUUAAUGUGUCUUACAACAGAUUGAGAGGACCGAUUCCUCACGGAGGGCCAUUCACAAAUUUCACGAACCUAUCUUUUCUCUCAAAUGAAGCAUUGUGUGGCGCUCCUUGGCGCCAAACUUGUACAAGUACAUUUCAACAUGAAUCAAGGACAAAAAGGAUAGUCAUGAUUGUUCUGUUGGCAUCAGGUUCUGCCAUAUUAGCCUUGGUGAUUUCAAUUUUUUUGAUGCGGUUAAAGUUGAGAAAGAAAACUCUAGCUCCAACUCAGAACUUGCUUCCCAUGGCGACAUUUGAAAGGGCAUCCUUCCUUCAACUUAGACAAAUAACAAAUGGAUUUAGCGAGAGUAACUUACUUGGUUCGGGGAGCUUUGGUUCAGUUUACAAGGGAAUUCGUGAAAAUGGGAUGGUUUGGGCCAUAAAGGUAUUCGAUUUGCAGCUAGAAUCUGCAUUUAAAAGCUUUGAUAGAGAAUGUGAAGUCUUAAGCUGCCUUCGUCAUCGAAAUUUAACUAAAGUAAUCAGUGCUUGCUCUAGCCCUGACUUUAAGGCUUUGGUGCUUGAAUAUAUGCCCAAUGGAUGCCUUGAGAAAUGGCUUCAUUCAAACCCUCAUUUCUUAAACAUCAAGCAACGAUUGGAUGUUAUGAUAGAUGUGGCUUGUGGUUUGGAUUAUCUCCAUUAUGGUUAUUCAACUCCUAUAGUUCACUGUGAUUUGAAGCCUAGCAAUAUUCUACUGGAUCAAGACAUGGUUGGGCAUGUUUGUGAUUUUGGAAUUGCAAAGUUGUUGGGAGAUGAAGAAUCUGUGGUACAAACAAAGACUCUUGGUACAUUUGGAUAUAUUGCCCCAGGUGGUCGGCAUUAAAAAUGAUCUCUGGAAGCAAAUUUACAGAAGACCCUUCGUCUCAGAGCGUGGCCACGCCUUGGAAGGUGGACGAAACCGAAAGCCGGACUGCGAUCCACGUGAAUCGCGAGGAGCACGGGAUUAAAACUCCAAAAAUCCCUUUGUUUCAAUUAAUUGGGCCAGACGUCUUUUUGGUUGAAAACCUCCUGCGGCGCUACAAAUAGAAAGGAAAAAAAGCCAGAUUCACGUAUUAGGAUUUUAGAUAGCUUUAGUUUUCUUUUUCCCUAGCCGUCAGACGUCAGAGACCCUUUUCGUUUUCGCUCUUGGUUUGGGCGCUUUUGACUCUUUUGUUUUUACUUUGGCUUUGUACAAUUUCCGUUGGCUUGUGCGUAUACUUUUGGGUUUCAGUACAAACAUCAAAGCGGAGACAAGGAAGACUUUUUCCUUUUUCUUUCUUCGGUA